AAAAAAAACCAGCCGCCAGACCAAGCAAUAAUAAACCCCUCAACCCUGGGCAUGUAGUUGCCGGUUUAAAUCUUCUGCUUUAUCUAAGGGGCGGAAGGUCCAUGAGGGCAAGACUGCAGCCUUGCCUUUCCGUUCGGAAACCGCCUGACCAAGAUGGUCAGCCGUUUGAAUCUUCGCCAGGGGUAAGAUACUUCUGACACGGAGCUGGGCGGGGGAGUCAGGGUGGACUUUUGGCCGAAGGUAUGAUUCCCGCACCGUCUUCAUAGACCCAGAGCAUGUUCCUGGUUCCCAGAGGUUCGGAAGCGACUCCUGCUGAUGUUGAAACACAUUCUCUGAAUCAUGUUGGACGCAGCUGCCUUGGGGAGGGGCGAGCGGUGGGAUUGCGGUUAAUAAGACUCCUGGAUGGGAAUUUGACCUGAGGUUAUUUCCCCCCCCUCCUCCUCCUCCUCCUCCUCCCCCCACGGAUGUGGUUUUUUUUAAUAUAUAUAUAUACACACACACACACACACACAUUGCAAUACGUGUUGAUGUGUCUCUAAAGGACGUAACAUCCUCCUGAGCGAGGCGACAUUUAACUGGCAAGACCUAUUUAAAGGAGCAGAGCAAAGUCUCCCACUAUUCGAGUUUUUUUUUUGGUCGAUGUAAAUAUCAGUCAGGUUUCUUGUUUCCCCCCCCCAAUCCGAGCCCAGUCAAGUCAAGUCCAGUCCGGUCCACAGCAACCGAGCAUCAAGACCAGCAUUUUGGACCCAACAGCCCUGAAGCUUAAGAAUGCCGCAGCCCGGGGUGAGAUUAAUAGCCACAGGCGAUGAUUUUGGAUACUGUUUAAGGAGGAAUCGAGGUAUUAUGGAGUGCUUCAAUGCGAGAGCGAUUUCCAAUGCUUCCUUGUUGGUAAACGGUACUGCAGCUAAAGAGGCUGCCACACUGGCAACAAGAAACAAAGUUCCUCUUGGUCUUCAUGCGAACCUUUCUGAGGGUUUGCCUGUCUGUGAGCAACUCCGAAUGGGUUCUUCCCUUGUCAACAAGGAUGGCUUUUUCCAUGGAAAGAUGGGAAUUAGGGAAGCGCUGAAGAGUGGCCAUAUCAACCUGUCUGAGGUAGAUCAAGAACUAAGGGGGCAAGUAGAUCUGUUUUGUGAACUGACAGGACAUUUACCUCAACAUAUGGACGGACAUCAGCAUGUUCAUGUCUUACCAGGUAUUAGAGAUAUAUUUGCACAAGUGCUUUCAGAUUAUGGGAUCAAGUAUACCCGCGUUCCAAUAGAACCAGGCCUACGUGACUGUGAUUGGAUAGGACAGCAGCUAAUGGACUUUUACCUACAGGUGGAAAAAGAUGCAUUCAAUUCUAUAGAUGUAUUUCGAAGACAUGGAAUCAGGUGGACUGAUAUCUACAUUGGCCUAACAACAAUGGGGAAAAAUAUGUCAGUUUCAAACAUCCAGAGAGUCAUCGAGAAUGCCAUAGCUACAGGGAAAGUAAAGCAACAUUUGGACAUCUCCUGUGGGAAAAAAUUCCGACCGCUGCAUGAUGAUACAAUAUUGACAAUAGAACUAAUGGUGCAUCCUGGUUAUUCCAGCUUCCCUGAAGAGGGGGGAUGUGGUGAAGGGCCUGAUGAGUUUUCAAUGUCUGCAGACCGAUUUCAUGAACUGCAAAUCCUCAAGGAGUCAAAGCUAUUAAAGUAUUAUGAGGACAAAAAUAUACAACUAUGUGCCUUUAAAGACUUAUAAAGGAAAUAGGAGCUGGCAUGGCAAAUUAGGGAGGGGGAAGAAAAAAUCUAGCUUGAGGUUUUCAGGAGUAUAAGGUGGUAGCGUCUGCCAGAAAUUCUUGCAAAUUGACAUGGAAUUACACAAAAUGACAAGAUCAUUAGAGAAGUGGAGUUAAAAAUAAUCCAAUAUUUCAUUCAUCAGACAGAAAAAUGCAUGACCUUUAACAGAAUUAGAAGUUAACCACUGUGGUGAAACCCCUUUGAUUACUUCAAGUCCCAAUCAGGGCAGAUGGCAGUGCCAGUUCUGAAAAAAAACUUUAGAUGGUCAUUGAUGGAUUUAUUUAUUCUGCAUAAUCUUUCUAGGAAACAGAAAUUAGGUUCACAGUGCUGUCUUCCGAAUAUUUUGAAGCAUUCUACCCACAGAAUCAAGUAACAAGGUAACCAAAAGUUGGUAAAACUAAUGCCUCAGAAGAAGCUUAUAUUUAGAAACCACUAGAUAUCAAUACUCAUUUAAACAGGAACUAUGCAGAGAGAAAAUUAUGAAACAGAAUUGUGCAAUAACUUGAAAUUCAUUAUGAAGACAUGGUAUGAUCAUUGAUCAAUGAUUGUCCGUAUUUGGUCAUUAUUAGGUUAUAAAUUAAAAACUGGUGACGGAAAUUACUCAACUGAAUGUUUACACUAUGCACUUGUGUGAACCGGAGUACGUCUCUCAAGUUUCUUGAUGCAAAGUACUGUAUUUUCCCUUCCUAGAAGUUAUUGGUAAGGUUUAUGGGUGGUAUCAUAACUUUCUGAAACACUACACUUAAUGCUGACCAUGUGGUUAUUUCACAACAAUGAAGUGAACUGCAUUGGGUCUACAAGGUUGCUGAUUUACUUUUUUUAAAAUAAAAGUGAAUGGUUAUACUCCAGUAUAUUGCUUUUAAAAAAGAUGCUUAUUUGUACGAGUUUUGGCUUAAAAAUUAGACUAUGAUUGUGUGAGUUGUAUAGUGUUACAAAACAUUCAAAUGAAACUUAAUAGAAUUGGCAAAUAAAAUGAUUUUGUUCAUAAUAAA